GCAUCAAAAACAAUCUAUCACUGUUCUUCUCUCUAAGCUACCCCGUCCAUCGUCGUUUCUCUUUUUUCCUCCACCGCCGUCACUUCUCUCUCUUCUGCCGCCACCAUUUUUCUCAUCUCUUUCUCUCACACUCUGAUUCAGGAAAAUGAGAACAUGCCAUAUCCAAUAACACACAGAGGCUAGAGGUUAGAGGUUUUUGAUUUCAUGGCGCUACAACCAAUCUCUUCUCUGCAUUUUCAAUUUUUCCAACCCCAAACCAAAACCCACCACAUUUUCAAAUUCUCACUUUCUUGUUCCAAUUCCAACCAGAAAACAGCUCAAGUUGAUAUUAAGGUUGUAAAGAAGAAAAAACACAGACCAAGUUUCUCUGACCAAAUUCGACAUAAAUGGUCCCUCAAAUUAGGUUCCCAAAGACAAAAAUUCCCAUGGCAAGAACAACAACAACAACAAGAGGAACCAGAACUAGUGGAACAACCUCAAUCCCAAGAGGAACAACCACAACCUCUGAAUUUUGAGUUUCCAAAGCGUUUAUCUCCUUGGCACGUGGCAGAAAGCCCUAAACAACAAUCACAGUUUCAUUCUGAAUCUGAUGUUUCUGAAGACGAAGAAAAUGAGAAGCCGUUACAGCAAAAUUCCAGUGGUUCUGUUAUGGAAAAGGAGGUGCAAGAAGCAGAAAGUACUAGUUUGAAGAAAAGGAGAAGUAAUACUGAGUUAGCAGAGAAGUUCAUUCCGGAACAUGAGUUGCGGAGACUAAGAAAUAUGGCGUUGAGGAUGGUGGAGAGGUUCAGUGUUGGAGUUGCCGGUAUUACUCAGGAAUUGGUGGAUGCUAUUCAUGAAAAAUGGAUGGUUGAUGAAGUUGUUAAGUUUAAGUUUGAUUCUCCUCUCUCUGCUAAUAUGAAAAGAGCUCAUCAAAUUCUCGAGAGUAAAACUGGAGGUAUUGUGGUGUGGCGAUCGGGAAGUUCCAUAGUAUUAUAUCGAGGAAUGUCCUACAAGCUACCUUGUAUAGAAUCUUACACGAAAGUAUAUAAUGCUAAGGAGAAUGCCGUGGAUAAUUCAGUGGAUGUUGGGAGUGGGAGUAGUGUUGAAGUAAGUGUGAAAGAAAUGGUUGGACCUAUUGAUUUUAAUAGAGACUCUGCAGAGUAUUUGAAGGACAUGAGUGAAGAAGAAUCGAUGGAAUUGAUCGAACUCAACCUUUUGUUAGAUGAGUUGGGUCCGCGCUUCAAUGAUUGGACAGGCCGUGAGCCUUUACCUGUUGAUGCUGACCAAUUACCUGCUGUGGUUCCAGGGUAUAAAACACCAUUCAGACUUCUUCCGUAUGGGGUGAAACCUUGUUUAUCCAACAAGGAAAUGACUGACAUGCGUAGGGUUUCUAGAAGAACGGCACCACACUUUGCCCUUGGAAGAAAUAGAGAACUUCAAGGUCUGGCUAGAGCUAUAGUAAAGCUGUGGGAAACAAGCGCUAUUGCAAAAAUAGCCAUCAAACGUGGCGUUCCCUAUACAUCUAAUGAUAGGAUGGCUGAAGAACUCAAGAAAUUGACUGGGGGAACCUUACUUUCUAGAAAUAAGGAAUAUAUUGUAAUUUACAGGGGCAAUGACUUCUUGCCUCCUGUCGUCACCAAAACCCUGACUGAGAGACAAAAACUAACCGUUCUCCAACAAGACGAGGAAGAGAAAGCACGUCAAAAUGCUUCAUUGAUUACUUUAUCAAAUAGAAAAUCAUCUCAAAUGCAGUUACUUGCUGGAACCCUUGCUGAGACUAGGGCAGCAACCGCCAAUUGGGGACACCAACCAAGUAAACAAGAAGUUGGUAAAAUGAUAAGAGAAUCUACCUUGGAUAGACUUUCUUCUUUAAUCAGAAAUCAUGAGAGUAAACUAGCUCUAGCAAAAACAAGAUUCAGGAAGUCUGAGAAGGAUUUAGCUAAAAUACAGGGUGAUUUUGACCCAGCAGACCUUCCAAUUGAUUUGGAGACAUUAACUAAUGAAGAGAGAUCUUUGUUUAGAAAGAUGGGUCUGAGUAUGAAGCCAUACUUACUUCUAGGUAGGCGAGAUGUUUAUGCUGGCACCAUAGAAAACAUGCAUCUACACUGGAAAUAUCGCGAGUUGGUAAAAAUACUUGUGAAAGGGAAAAAUUUAGCCCAAGUUAAGCAUAUUGCGAUAUCUUUGGAAGCUGAGAGUGGUGGGGUGCUAGUAUCUGUAGACAAGGAUACCAAGGGCCAUAUAAUAAUUAUUUAUCGUGGGAAGAACUACUUCCGUCCACAGGUUAUGAGACCCAAAAGCUUGUUGUCACGAAGACAGGCAUUGGCUCGAUCUAUUGAGCUUCAAAGACGAGAGGCACUAAAACACCAUAUAUCAGAUUUACAGGAGAUGAUUGAGUUGCUCAAAUCUGAGCUAGAGGAUAUGAAAAAUCAAAAGGUGACUGAUGGUGACAAAACUAUGUAGUCAACAGUGAAUAACAGCCAUGUUUCUUCUCAUGAUGACUUGGAAGACCUAAAUGCUUUAUUUCCAUAGACUAACACAGAAUUAAGGAACCACAUUUAUUUUGACAAAGACGACAGUGGUGACUAUAACUUGAAACAUCAAAACAAGCUAUGGUCCUCACUUGGUAUUGUAAUACAUUGCAAUAGCUUGUAGAGGUUGAGCAUUAUGGGUAACUGAGAAGAUGAAAAGGAAUGUGCUGUUUAAGCUACCAAGCAGAAAAACUUGACCCAUGCCUAUGAUGAUUCCAUCAGAACUUCUCAAGUCAGUAAGUAAGGAGACUGUUAUUGUUGCUUCCAUUGCCGGAGUCAUUUAUAAUAGUAGAUUUAUAUCCAACUUCUAAGUGGUAGGAAUACCCUGAAUUGAUGUAACAUGUGUGAUGCUUAAUUCAGGUUGUAUGGUGGAUGCUUAAUUGAUUAAUCGGUUCAGUUCGAUAGAUGCAUAAUAUUAUCCGUUUACAUUACAUGUUCA